UGCCUGGGCCGGUGCGGAGAAGGCCGCUGCCGCUUGGCUUGGUCGCUUAGCAACGGCCCGGUUUCUGCGGCGAGCGCCAUGGCGGAGGAGGAGGAGGAGGUGGCCGCGGCCGAAGGGACCGUUCGGAGCCAGAGGGUCUUUCUAAACCAGCUGGACUCCUACAGCGGCAGCAGCAUCGGNNAGUAUUUAUCUAACUGUGUUGUUGGAGCAUCACUUGAAGAGGUGGGAGAAGAAGAGGAAGAAGAAGAUAAUGAAAUUGUGUCAGCUAUAGAUGUUACGUUAAGUAAACCAAAAGAGGGAGCCUAUCAAAUAGUGGGGACUCUUGCUAAGGCGCAAAGUAUGAAACCAGAUUUUGCUCUGGAAACUUACACAAUCUCUACUCGAGAAGAACUUUUAGAUCACCUACUUGAGUGUGAUGUCAUUAUUUAUAACAUCACUGAAGAUGCAAAUCAGAUUGAAGAAGCUACUUGGGCUGCUUCUGCACUACAUGAAGAGAUAAAACAUUUUGAGAAACCAAAGUUAUUCAUCUUAGUUUCAACAAUAAUGACAUGGGCACGAAGCAAACCUCUUGACCCUGAUGAUUCAGAAAUUCCUUUUACUGAAGAAGAUUAUCGCAGAAGAAAACCUGACCCUAACUUUAUGGACCAUAUAAAUGCUGAAAAAGUGAUUAUCAAACUUGGGAAAACUAGCAAAAACAAAUUUUCAACCUAUGUUGUUGCUUCAGGACUUCAGUAUGGGGCUGAAGAAGGAAUAUUUCACUACUUUUUUAAGACAGCUUGGCUUGGUGAGGUUCCUGCAAUACCAGUUUUUGGAGAUGGAAAAAAUUUUAUUCCAACCAUUCAUGUUGUUGAUUUAGCAGCAGUGCUACAAAAUAUAGCAGAUCAUAAGCCAAGAACUCUCUACAUUGUGGCAGUGGAUGAAUCUAUACAUACUCUUCAGGCCAUAGUUAAGUGUAUUAGCAAAAACGUUGGACCAGGAAAGAUCCAAAAGAUUCCAAGAGAAAAUGCUUUCUUAAGCAAAGACUUAACGCAAACACAUUUGGACAUGUUAUUUGUGAACUUGCGAAUGGAAGCUAUUUGCUUGAAGGAGAACUUCAACAUUAAGUGGGUUGCUCAGGCAGGACUGGUGGAGAAUAUUGAGCAAGUCCUCAAAGAAUACAAACAAAGUCGGGGAUUACUGCCAAUCAACAUUUGUGUUCUUGGUCCUCCUGCAGUUGGGAAAUCUACCGUUACUGAAGAACUCUGCAAAUACUACAAGCUACAUCACAUUAAAAUAAAGGAUGUAAUUGCUGAAGCAAUAGAAAAUCUAGAGAAAAUUAUUGCUCCUAAAGAAACAGUGGAAACUGAAGAGGUGGCAGAAGAGGGAGAAGAAGAUGAAGAUGAAGAAGAAGGGGAGAAUGUAGAAGAGGCACAAGAACUCUUAGAUGGAGUGAAGGAAAACAUGGAGCAGAAUGGAGGUCGUCUAGAUGAUCAGUAUGUGAUUAAAUUCAUGAAAGAAAAGCUAAAGUCUAUGCCUUGCAAGAAUCAGGGAUAUGUUUUAGAUGGAUUUCCAAAGACCUAUGACCAGGCAAAAGAUCUGUUUAAUCUUGAAGAUGAUGAGGAAGAAGAGACAAGAAAUAAAGUUCAUCGGUAUGAUAAAUUAAUCACUCCAGAAUAUGUAGUUUCUUUGAACGCCUCAGAUAAAUUCCUAAAAAACCGAGUAAUGAAUCUUCCAGAGAGUGUUGUGGCUGGAACUCAUUAUACUCAGGACCGGUUUUUGAGAACUCUGAGUCUCUUCAGGGAGUUAAACACUGAAGAUGAGACAGUUCUCAACUAUUUUGAUGAACUUGAAAUACAUCCACAGUUUAUCGAUGUAGCAAAGUUUGAGGAUCCUGAGAACAGAUUUAUUGUAAAAGAGAUCAUCAAAGCAACUGGGGAACCUCGAAAUUAUGGCUUGACAGAUGAAGAAAAGGAAGAACUAGAACGUAAAGCAGCAGAGGCCCGCCUUGCCAAAGAAGCAGAAGAAAAAGCUGAACGGGAGCGUAAGGAAGCUGAGGAAAGGGCUGAAAAGUUGGCAAACUGGGAAGAAUGGAAUAGACGACUAGAGGAAGUGAAAAGGCAGGAACAGGAAUUACUUGAGGUCCAGUCUAUUCCACUAAGGAACUACUUAAUGAAGAAUGUCAUGCCAACACUUAUGCAAGGACUGAAUGAAUGUUGCAAGAUCAGACCUGAUGAUCCAGUUGACUUCCUGGCAGAAUAUCUCUUCAAGAACAAUCCAGAAAUGGAAUGAAAGAGUACUGACAGAUGUAAAACCCGAACAUAUCAUUACAUGAAUAAAAAGGCAAAACACUUCUAAUGUGUUUUAAAUAAAAUACUUUCAUUAUCAGAUUUUUGGAAAUUUUUGUGUAGUAUUCACUUUUAUUUCUGAUGUAUUGCUUGUACUGCUCAUACAACAGAAUAUUUGUACAUAUGUCUAAUUUGAAACUGUGGUCUAAAAUAAUCAAUUUCCUGUCACUAUGGAAGGGCAGCACUGGAAGUGUGUUCCUUGCCUCCAAUUCUCUAGUGCAGUUAACAUAACUAGAACUAGCAGCAAAAUCUUUCCUGGUUCUAUAGCACAAUGGAAGGAUGGAAUGAAACUAUGGAAUUCUUUCCUCCCUUUACCCGCCUCCUCUCCUCCCCCCCGUCUUUGAAAAGGGGACAACUGCUGCUAUUGAGGGAAAAGGGAAGGAAAGAGGCAUAUCAAGACUACCUUUCUACUACUCUCCAGAUGCAAAGCUUUUUUGUCUCCUUUGCUUAUUAGGAAACUGUUAGGACACUAGAAAGGCUUUCACUCCAGGGCUAUGCCUAGACUACA